AACGUUUUCAUGUGGAGCACUUGUCAUACAUGCAAGCGAAUCUGUAUGAUCACAUGUUUAUGGCUGGACUAACCAUCCCAGAUGAGUAUAAUUACUCAAUGACAAUGACUAACAAAGGCAUAAACAUGGAAUACACAAAGAUCAUAGAAGUGUUCAUGGCCAUGGAUCUCUCAUGCAACAAAUUCCGAGGUGAAAUUCCAGAAUCAAUCGGAAAUCUCAAAGGGCUUCAAUUGUUAAAUCUGUCCAACAACUUUCUGGUGGGCCAAAUUCCAUCAGUCAUGGGAACUCUGACAAACCUGGAAGCUUUGGAUCUCUCCCAUAACCAGUUUGUAGGAAGAAUUCCAUGGCAACUAAGGCAGCUCAACUUCCUGGAAGUUUUCAACGUGUCUUACAAUCAUCUGAGUGGGCCAAUACCACAAGGCACACAAAUGGAUACGUUUCCGAACACUUCAUUUGAUGGGAAUGCGGGGCUGUGUGGAAAUCCAUUGUCCAAAAAAUGUGAGGAUUUGGGGUUUUGGUUGGUUUUGGAAUUUGCUUCCUUGUUGGAACCAGUUUCGGAUGCGUUGUAGUCACCAGGAACCUUAAAUGGUUUGCAAUGACUUUUGGAAUCAGGCUGCCAAGAAUGCCAAAACAAUGAAAGCCAUCUUCAAAAUAAUGUACCAAAAUCCAAUAUCUAGGAUCAAAGUUUGUAAAACUAGUAUUUAUGCCCAUCUA